AUGGCCACGACGUGGCACUUGCUCACUGACGGGAAGAGGACUCAGAAACUGAUUCCGUCGACUGUCAACACGCACAUCCGGCCCUUACAGAAGCUAUCGGACGAUCUCCUUGUCAUUGAUCGCCGCAGCGAGGACAACGCCCGCUCCGGCGUCAUGGGCAACAAGCUCGCACUGCGUACAGUGUACGUUCUGUUCCGUGUAGCGGAGGCGGACGGUACUCAGACGCUGGCCAUGAAGACCAUCAACUUGCCGCUGGUCAAGAAGCUGCUGCGGGCCGACGAGCAGUGGUGCGAGAUCUUCUACUGGAUCCGCAUCUCGCCCGACGGCUCAGUGCGAACCAGCACGGGUGAAUAUGCUACUGUGACGGAGUUCGGCGGCUCCAACACGUACACGCGCGACGAGAUCGCCAAGGCGUGGCUCGGCGAGCUCGUGUUCCUCGCCAUCCGCUGGGAGUCGCUGGCUGUGGCGCCCACCCUUCUCAAGUUUUAA